AUGAAGCAGACAGCUAUCGCCGCCGCCGUUUUAGCAGUCGGUGCCACGGCGCAGAACUCGACGUCAACAAGGACUGAAUAUUAUAACACUUGCUCGCUCUCCUCCGGGGGAAUUGUAACGGCCACCGCCACACAAACCUACUGCGGGCCAUGCGAGGCGGCGGGCAUGACGACUUUUGCCGGUGGAUCUCUCACGACGUACACGACUAAAUUCCUCCAGGUUUGCCCCACCGGUCUUGCGGAGGCAACCUACACUGUCACCGAACCCUGCCCAAGCACCGGUCUUGCACGAGGAUCUGGCUAUGUUCCACAAGGAUUCACUGUAACGACUGUGCCAUGCUCUGUCUGCGAAGCAGGCAAGUCACAGUAUGCGCAGACCACGCGCGGCCCCGCUCUCGCUUCCGCUCUCGCUGCUCCAGCACCGGCCCCCACAGUCCCAACUGCGCCAGCCGAACCCGCACCACCUACUGCUGCUGGUCCCGCUGCCGCUCCCGGUGCGCCUGCUGCUGCUGGCGCCCCUGCUGCUGCUGGCGCCCCUGCUGCUGCUGGCGCCCCUGCUGCUGGUGCCCCUGCUGCCCCUGCCGCUGCCGGUGCCGCAUCGCCCGCCAACGCUGAAAACGCUGCCGCAGCUCCUGGUGCUGCAUCUCCUGCCGAGAAGGGUGCUGCCUCUCCCGCCGAGAAUGGCGCUGCAUCUCCUGCCGAGAAUGGCGCUGCAGCUCCCGCCGAGAGUGGCGCUGCAUCUCCUGCCGAGAAUGGCGCUGCAUCUCCUGCCGAGAAUGGCGCUGCAGCUCCCGCCGAGAGUGGCGCUGCAUCUCCCGCCGAGAGUGGUGCUGCAUCUCCUGCCGAGAAUGGCGCUGCAUCUCCCGCCGAGAAUGGCGCCGCAGCUCCGGCUGGAUCGUCUGCCGGAGCCCCUGCAUCUUACCCACUUCCUUCUCAGGCUGGCCAGGUCGCCCUUGCGAGUGGCGCCCCAGCCUCCAACGGUAACAGCACUGUUCCCUUCAAGGGUGCUGCGAGCCUAGUUUCGGCGAUCGAGAUCUCAUUCUUCAUAACGGCACUGGUGACUCUCAUUACUGGAUUCGCUUUUGUACUAUGA